GUGACGCGCGGCGCGGGGCCUGGACCGCGCUGCUCGCUCGGCGGCGCCAUGAAGUUCAGAGCCAAACUGGUGGACGUGGCGUGUCUGAACCACCUGAGCCGUGUUGUGAACACCAUCUCCAAGCUGGCAAAAUCCUGUAUUUUACGGCUGACUGCUGACAAGCUUUACUUUAUUCUUUCUGACAAAGUGGCCAGUGGGGGAGUAGCCAUGUGGUGUCAGUUAUUUCAGGGUAAUUUUUUUGACGAGUUUCAGAUUGAAGGAGUGUCGACAGAUUACAAUGAAAUUUAUUUGGAACUAGUACCGGAGAACCUCUCGAGGUCCUUAAAAACAGCCCACAAUGCCAAAGCCGUGAAAAUCAAGCUGACAAUGAAGCACUGCCCGUGUCUCACAGUCGCUGUGGAACUGCCAUCUCUCUCCAGCCACAGUCGCAUAGUUACACAUGACAUCCCAGUUGUCAUCAUCCCUAGAAAACUUUGGAAUGAUUUUGCAGAACCCAAUGUUCCAGAUUUUGAUGUCAGUAUAUAUUUACCAGUACUCAAGACCAUGAAGAGUGUGGUGGAAAGAAUGAAGAAUCUUGCUGGCCAAGUGGUAAUUGAAGCCAAUCAGAAUGGAAAAAUGAAUUUGAAAAUCAACACUGACUUAGUGACUGUUACAACACAUUUCAAAGACCUCGGAAAUCCUCCUUGGGUUGAAGAAGAAGCACCAGUCGGCUUUUCCCAGAUGAGGGAUCCAGAGAACAUGGCUGAAGCCACGGUGGACAUAAAAAGACUUAUGCAGUUUCUUGCUGGACAGCAGGUGAACCCUAGCAAGGCAAUAUGCAACAUCGUGAGUAAAAAGCUUGUGCACUUUGUUCUACUCCAUGAGGAUGUCUCUCUACAAUACUUCAUACCGGCAAUUGCUUGAAAACAGUUCCAUUUGCCAAUCUGGUAGAUACCGUCAGAAGUAUCAUCUCUUCUCAGCUCUCCUAGCAACAGUCUACUACAAAAUGUGUACAAAUGUCUACCCAUUUGAACUUGUCAUUGUAGCAAUUUCAGAUUUACAGAUCUUUGAAAAGGUGUUGGAUUCACAUUAUGGGUUAAAUUCCAGACUUAAGAACACAUUGGUCUGAUCUGUGUGUACUUGUGAAAUUGUUUCUUAAAUACUUAUUUGACAUUACCUGAAAGGCUGUUAUGGGUCAUUUGCAUCAGAAAUGUUCUGUGUCCUAAAAGUUGCACUUUCAGGAUAUACAUCAGAUUCAAGUUCAUAGAAAGCACUUUUGUUCAAAGCCAUCUCAUUAAUAUAUUUUUUGCAUGGUAAGAAAGUUUCAACUGCAGCAACCUUAGUGUUCAAAACAAAAUCACUUCUGAUCCAACAAAUUAUUACAAUGGGAUUGAUUUUAUGGCUUUUCUUAGUUAAGAAAUCCAGAAGUUUUGACACCAAUUUGUGAUUGUCUGAUUGUGUGAACACCACUCCAAUUCAAUCUGUUUAUGUUGUGGAAUUCUAAUAAUAAUAAUCCUUGCAUUUGUAUAGCUCCUUAUCACGUCUUUGAGACGUCUUAAAGCGCUACACAGAAUAUACUAAAUUCCCUUGAGUUGGAGUGACAUGUGACUUCCAGUUAUCAAUUAAGGAAUAGAUUUAAAUGGCAAAAUUAUCACCAUUAUCUCUUUAAAAUGUUCUCCUAAGUGUGGAUAGCAUUUCACACAUCCAGUUUUAUUGUUUUUGUGUUCAUAUUUAUUGCAAGAUGCACAUAUGUCUGAGAAGAUGGUGCAAACAUGGGUUGAGGUAUGAACUGUCCAGAUGAUAUUUGUUUAUAUGAUGCCAGUUAUGUAGCUUUUGUGAUACCGAACCAUUCUUACAGAAACUAUUCCAGCAGUAUUUUUAAACUUUGUGGUCGAGUUAUGUAUGAGUUAUGUAUUUUGUAACUGAAAUUGAUUUAUUGUGUUUGAAAAAUGCAAUUUCCAUCCCUGUCCAUUCCAUUGUCUAUAAAGAUGCCCAUUUGCUUUGCAGGUUUGUAUUUUAAAUCUGCGUUGAGCCUGUUUCAGUAUUUGAGAAUGAAGUUCAGGCAAUUUCUACACAAUUCUAUUUUAAGGAUGUGAAAUUGAGGGCCUCUUCCAAUUUAUUUAAUAUAUAUUACUUCUAUUACCACCAGCUUGUUCAUUUAUUUGCCAUUGGUUCAGAGUUUUAACAGGAAGUUGAAAUGUAUGAAAAUGUUUUGUGGCCUUAUUAAAUCUAGUUUAUUCAAUAAAGAAUAUUGUUCCUUUGCA